AGGCUAGCCUCGCUCCACGAAGAAAAUAUGAUAAAAUUUGAACUGCCUGUUUCGUAAGUUAAAUGUCUUCAAGUUUGCUUUUCCAGGCUUAAGAACAUGAUCAUUCGAAAGAAACUUGGUACAAAACUUGCGACAAAAACGGGAAGAUUUAUUGAAUUAUUAUCGAUUACAAUGUUUGUUGCAAUUAUUGCCUUCUUGACCCUUCUGUGCGUGGCUCUCCUAACUGGAUCUAUUGACGCAGUCUGUACUCCGAGUAUCACAUUUGGUGAAUAUAUUUCGGGAGGACCUGGUAUUUCGUGUGAGACAGCCGAUGAUUGUUGUUCCAAGAUAUGUGACUUUGCAGAUUUUCCCGAAUAUGGAGAUUAUGAAUACGGACCACAGACGGAAUGCAUUAGUUUAUAAUCUGAUUGGUGGCACAAAAAGGAAUCUGAAAUAUAUUCAUAUUAACAAGUGGGUAUUUUUCUUAAGUUCCUGUUAUGAAAAAUAAAUCAAAUAAAAAAAACUAAAA